AUUCUACAGGGAAAUGUGGGCCUCCUCCACCUAUUGACAAUGGAGACAUCACCUCCUUCCCAUUGCCAGAAUACCCACCUUCAUCAUCAGUAGAAUACCAGUGCCAGUUCUUAUACCAACUGCAGGGCAAUAAGAAAAUAACAUGUAGAAAUGGAAAAUGGUCUGAGCCACCAAAGUGUUUACAUUCCACAGGGAAAUGUGGGCCUCCUCUACCUAUUGACAAAGGAGACAUCACCUCCUUCCCAUUGUCACUAUAUGCACCAUUAUCAUCAGUUGAAUAUCAGUGCCAGUACUUGUACCAACUGCAGGGCAACAAGAAAAUAACAUGUAGAAAUGGAGAGUGGUCAGAGACACCAAAAUGUUUAUCUGCAUGUGUAGUAUCAGAAGAAAUCAUGGAAAGACAUAACAUAACUUUCAGAUGGAGAGAAGACCCAAAGGUAUAAUUCUUAUCAGGAGAUCAUGUUGAAUUUAAGUGUAAAUCUGGAUAUAAACUGACAGAAACAUCACUUCCAUUAUGUGCAAGGUGCAUUGAUGGUCGCAUCAAUUAUCCCAGUUGCUCAAAAAUAUGUUAUUGGUACAAUGGAUGA